ACAGCCCUGCAUUUUUAUUUGAAAAGGAGCUGAAGCACAAGUCACAAUAAUACGAGAGCCGGAGCACAACGAUUCUAGCAUGUCGAGUGACAGAGUGAAAGGGAAUCAAAUCUACAGGCUUUUGUUCUUCAUUCAGCUGUGUGUUUAGAAAGUGAUCCCACAGUCAAGGAGUUUCCCAUUGUAAUCCCAGCUAACGACACACACUACAAGAGGAAGACAAUGGCAAACUGAAAGGGGAGAAUACGGCAAACUUAUUCCAAGACGAGAGAAUGGAAUAAAGCCUAGGAAGACACAAGAAGAACUCCUGGAAGCAUAGAGGAUCUGCGCUACUCUGCCUAUACAAUAUUUUAAUCACAUGGAGAGAAAUAAGAGGUAGGAGAUUGACAGAGAGAGGGGGGGAGAGGAGAGACAGGGAGAAGGGGUAUGCACUGGAGAUUAGCAGCAGGAGGUGAAAGCAGGUUUCUGGCACGGAAAAUUAAUAAUAAGGCAUGAGAGGACUCUGUAAACCCCUUCUCCUGCUUCUCUCCGCCUCCAGAACUGGACCACAUCACAUCGUGGAGUUAAAAAAAAAAGAGAGAGGAGGAGAAUCAUUCACGCAAAAAAAGACAAAACAAACACACAGCCCCAGUGAGGGUUUCACAGAAUCAAAGCACUGCUCCGCUGAAAGGGAAAUAGGCAACAGCCUAGGAGUCUGAAGAAGGAUAUUUGCUAACACCGCUUCUAUCCUGGCUCUGGGAAAUUUACAGAAGAGUGGGAAAUUGUUGGACAGAAGAAGAUAUUUUUGGCUGCCUUUUUCUUUCUUGGGUUUGGAGCAUCCUUGGAUUUGUAAGGGGUUGGGAGGAGGAAGGAGGUCAGUUUUUACUUCUCUGUACAUACACCUCUGCCUCAAAAUGAGGGGUAAAGGUAGGAAGCAAAACCUUUCAGAUUCCAGAGAUCUUGAUGGGUCUUACGAUCAACUCACAGGCAACCUGCCCAGCCAAAAUAAAAAAGCUUUUAAACAGCGAAUCCUCAAACUAUUGCCUUGCUGUGGUCCCAAUUCCACCCCCUCAGUCAGUGAAAACAGCAUAGAAGAUGAGUUUGAACUGUCGACAGUUUGUCACCGUCCUGAGGGACUGGAACAGCUACAAGAACAAACCAAAUUCACCAAAAAAGAACUUCAGGUUCUAUAUCGAGGCUUUAAAAAUGAAUGUCCAAGCGGAAUUGUUAAUGAAGACAAUUUCAAACAGAUUUACUCACAGUUUUUCCCACAAGGGGAUUCCAGCAUGUACGCUCAUUUUCUCUUCAACGCUUUCGACACUGACCACGACGGAUCUGUCAGCUUUGAGGAUUUUGUAGCAGGGUUAUCGGUGAUCUUAAGGGGAAGUAUAGAUGACAAACUCAACUGGGCCUUUAAUCUGUACGACUUAAACAAAGAUGGCUGCAUCACUAAAGAGGAGAUGUUGGACAUUAUGAAGUCUAUUUAUGAUAUGAUGGGAAAGUACACAUACCCAAAUAUGCAAGAAGAAGCACCAAGAGAACAUGUGGAAAACUUCUUUCAGAAAAUGGACAGAAAUAAAGAUGGAGUGGUUACAAUCGAAGAGUUCAUUGAAUCUUGCCAGAAGGACGAAAAUAUCAUGAGGUCCAUGCAGCUGUUCGACAAUGUCAUUUAGCAACGCUACUAACCUAGAAGAUGUUUUGAAAAAUCUCAGUUGUUUCCGAUAGACUUCUGGCUGCACAAAAUACAGAAUAGUCUGCUCAAUGCAAACUCAAAUGCAAAUAUAAUCCCUCUCUCUGAUUUCCUGGCUGUUCUACUAUAUAUAUUUGUGUAUAUAUAUAGAAAAGUAUUACGAAGCAGAUCCCUCACUGGAAGAUUCCAAAGCUGCCGCCUGGGGACAAUAGAAAACUGGCACCUACUGAAUCCGACCUGUAGAGAGACAUUCUUUUUACAUUUGGCACAAACCGCAAUGUAGCUUAUUUUAAAGAAAAGAAAUGACGUUGAGCGAUUACUUGAGAUGGCAGGGAAACGCCUCAGCAUUCCAUAGUGUGAAAAUUCCAAAAAUAAAACCCAGGGAUUAUUUUUA